CAAUUUUAUCAUCAGAUUCGAGGUGGAGCUAUGGGAUCUCCGUUAACCUUGACUAUGGCUAAUUGUUAUAUGUUUUUCUUUGAAAGAAGAAUAGCCAAACAAAUCAACAAUAGCGGUGGACUCUACCUUCGAUAUAUUGAUGAUUUAUUUAUAGUUAUUAAUUAGCCUGUUCGACAUUUAAUGAAACAAAUUGGACUUUGGAAUCAAUUCGACGAGAACAUUAAAUUAAAUGCAAAUCUUGGUUCAUUUACGACUUUCCUUAAUUUAUAUAUGGAGAAUCGAGAUGGUAUUCUAUUUACCACAGUUUAUCAAAAACCAUCCUAUGAACCAUAUUAA